AAACCGUUUAAUUGCAAACUUAAUCACAACUGAAAUCAUGGAAUUAUCCCCGGCUGAAUACGAAGAAACUACCAUGUACCAAAAAAAAUGUGCCCACGAUUUUGUCAACAAUAUUGUCUCCCAAAACAAAGAAUACGACAUAAUUGUAGACCUCGGGUGUGGGACCGGGUAUUUGGUGGACCUGUUGUCACAAUCGGUGAAACACAAGCGCAUCGUUGGGGUCGACGUCUCGCCAGAUAUGAUAGCAUUUGCCGAACAAAACCACAAACCCAUGGAUUCCGUCCAGUAUUUGGUCCAAGACUUGAGCCAAUCCUGGGAUUCAUUGAGUCCUGAGUUGAAGGCAUUGGAGUCUAAGGUAUCGCUAAUUGUAUCGGAUUUUGUAAUCCAUUGGUUUCCAGAUAAGAGCCGACUAAUGCAUGUCGUGAGCAAACUGUUGGCUAAAAACGGAGAAUUUGUGGCCAAUAAUGUUCGCACACCGGAUGUCAUGUCAUUGUUGACAAGCGAUCAGAUCCAACGAUACAAUAUACAAUUGAGUGCGGGUGAGACGGGACUUGCCUUAUCAUCAGCCUUAAUCUUGAGGGGAUUGAUUCAAUGGGGAGUUCGACAGUCGACCGAAGUGGAAAGUCAGAUGACAUCAGUCGAGCGCAUCAUUGAGUACUCAAAACUACCACAAGAGGCGGCCCUCACAGCCCAUGACAGCCAUAAACCCCCUCCCGAUUGGCCACAGGCGGGACAGAUAGAGUUCAAAGAUAUGAGUUUGUGUUACAAGGGAUCAGACAAACUGGUGCUCAAGUGCUUGAAUUGUGUAAUAAAUUCGGGCGAGAAAAUUGGCAUCUGCGGGCGGACGGGCGCCGGCAAGUCGUCCAUCAUAUCAGCCUUGUUUCGUAUGGUUGAGCCGAGGGGGCAGAUAAUAAUAGACGGCAUAAACACGGGAUCAAUAGGUUUGCGUGAUUUGCGUUCUGUUAUCUCAAUCAUACCUCAGGAUCCGGUAGUCUUCACGGGAACCGUCAGAAAAAAUUUGGACCCUACCGGCGAAUACAGCGAUCAAAGGAUAUGGAGUGCCUUAGAAGAGGUGCAGCUGAAGGGGCCGGUGGGGGACCUCCCGGGCCAGUUGGACAGCUUGUUGGCCGAAGAAGGCGCUAAUUUCAGUGUAGGUCAGAGGCAGUUGGUAUGUCUGGCGCGGGCUAUACUCCGUCACAAUAGGGUUCUAGUGCUCGACGAGGCGACCGCUAAUGUUGACCACCAAACCGAUGCCUUAAUUCAAACGACAAUUCGUCACAAAUUCAGUGAUUGUACUGUUUUUACGAUCGCUCACAGACUCAACACUAUCAUAGAUUGCGAUCGCGUUUUGGUGUUAGACGCGGGAGAGAUCAUAGAGUUUGACGAACCGUUUGUUUUACUGCAACGAAAGGGACAGUUGUAUGACAUGUGCCGCAAGACUGGGAAACAUAUGUUCAAUCAUUUAAUAAAUAUGGCUAAAGAAUCACAUCUUAAGAGAAAUAAUACCACAGAAUACGAAGAAGAAUAAUCAU